AUGCAACCGCGCCGCAUCCUCAUCGCCAACCGCGGCGAGAUCGCCUGUCGUCUCGUCCGCACCUAUCAGCUCUUCCCGCUCUCCCCUUCGACACCUUCCAUCGAGACCGUUGCCAUCUACACACCCUCGGAAGCCAACGCAGUGCACGUCUCGUUGGCGACCCUUUCGCAUCAACUCGCUAGCGAGGGGCCUCGUGCCUACCUCGACAAGCAGGCUAUUGUCGACGCGGCUCUUCAGUCGGGCUGCUGGGGUGUUGCACCGGGGUACGGCUUUCUAUCGGAAGAUGCCGAGUUUGCGGGUCUAUGCGAGAGUAAGGGGCUAGUAUUCCUGGGACCGACCGAGCAGCAGCUCGCGAGGCUGGGCGAUAAGGUCGUUGCGCGCGAGCUGGCGAAUAGCGUCGACGUACCUGUGCUCGAGGGCACCAAGGGCAGCACGUCUUCCGCCACAGCGCUAAAUGACAUCUUGACGUUCGCGAAGGGCGUUUCCGCUGGAUCGAGGAUCAUCCUCAAAGCGGCCAACGGCGGCGGUGGUCGUGGCAUCCGGGUGGUCACCAUCCCAACCAACCCAACAGAAACGCACAAAGUGGUCCAGGAAGCAUACGAAUCGUGCUCCCGCGAAGCCGCGGCUUCUUUCGGGGAUGGAACUGUCUACGCAGAGCGCUUCUUGGUCAAUGCCAAGCACGUCGAGGUGCAAGUGCUGGGAGACGGUCGCGGAGGGGUCUGUCACUUUUGGGACCGCGAAUGCUCGCUCCAACGACGUAAUCAGAAGCUCAUCGAGAUCGCACCUGCUCCUCACCUCCCCGGCGCUCUUCGAAAGCGCAUGCUCGAUGCAGCACUUCGUCUGGCCAAAGCGGUCAACCUGCGAAGUCUCGCAACGAUCGAGUUCCUCGUCGAGCCGGAGGCAGAGAGGUUCUACUUCAUGGAGGCAAAUCCGAGGAUCCAAGUCGAGCACACCAUCACGGAGAAUGUCACGGGUCACGACCUCGUCGCCCUUCAACUGCUCGUGGGUCUCGGACACACCCUGCCGCAACUGGGUAUGCAAGGCGAUGCAGCAGCACCCUUCUCAACAAAGACGGCGAUCCAGUUGCGCGUCAACGCCGAGUCGUUUAGAGGCGAGACGGACGAAACGCAUCCAGAGGCGGGGGCCAUCUCGUCGUUGAUCUGGCCCGUAGGCGGAUAUGUGCGCAUCGAGACGGCCGCACAUGCACCGCAUCCAACUUUGGGGCAGUACAAGGUCAAUCCGCUCUUCGACAGCUUGCUGGCCAAGGUCAUCGUCACUGCACCGACGUACGGCUCGGCGGUCGACGCAGCAAGGAGAGCCUUGCACGACACGACGAUCGGUGGAGUUCGAACGAAUCUGCCCUUCCUGUUGGCCUUGCUGAGCGAUGAAGGCGUCCAGCGGGGCAGGCAGCACAUCCACACAGUGCAGUCUGGUUUCAAACGCUUCUUGCAAGACUCGAGUCGAUUCCAGGCCGAGAUCGAUGCAAGGCAGAAAGGCGGCACGGGAGCAGCGUCGAGCGAUGCAACAGGUCAGAAGGAAGAUUGGAAGGAGGAGCAGGGCAAGCACGCCAUCCGCUCGCACCUCAGCGGCCUCGUCGUCAAGCUGUCGGUCCAGGAGGGUGACAAGAUCGCACUGGGUCAAGAGCUGGCGGUGCUGGAGGCGAUGAAGAUGGAGCACGUCGUGCGAGCAGAUGCUGCAUGCGCCGGCGGCGUCGUACACAAGAUCCUUGUCCAGCAAGGAGGCGUAGUCAACUCGUCGGAUGUUCUGAUCGUUUUCGAUACCUCCGACGCCCAGGACAGCUCGGCCGACAGCGCGAGCUCAUCAGUAGCAGCAGCAGUUGAACCAGCGGAAGAUCCCGAAGUCGCCCGUCCCGAGCUUAAGGAGCUUCAACAGCGUCGUCUGGCCAUCUCCGAUGCAGGUCGUAUAGCCGCCGUCACCAAGCGUCACGCUCGUGGCUUCCGCACCGUCCGCGAGAAUCUCAGCAUGCUGCUCGAUCCUGACUCGUUCCUCGAAUACGGCGGUCUGGUUACCGCAGCGCAGAGGAAGCGGUACUCACCCGAAGAUCUCAUCGCCCGUACCAGCGGCGACGGCAUCGUCACUGGUUUCGGUCGCAUCGACGCGCACACGGUCGGACUCAUCAUGGGCGACUACCUGGUCUUGGCUGGUACGCAAGGGUACUUCCACCAUUUGAAGCUGGAUCGGAUCCUGACAGCCGUAUUGUCGCAUCCGGCGCCACUGGUGCUGUAUGCUGAAGGCGGAGGUGGUCGACCGGGCGAUACGGACUUCCCAACAGCAUCCGGGCUGAUGACCCCGAGCUUCGCGUUGAUGGGCCAGGUCCGGGCGCAAGGCAUCCCCGUGGUCGGCGUGGCGAACGGAUACGUGUUCGCAGGCAAUGCGGCACUGUUGGGUACAUGUGAUGUGGUCAUCGCUACGCGUGGUGGCAAUGCUUCUCUGGCAGGUGGAGCGAACAAGGCAGGCAAGACGUCCAUCGGUAUGGGUGGCAAGGCGAUGAUCGAAGCAGGCGGACUGGGUAUCUUCGAAUCGGACGAGAUCGGACCCACAUCGAUCCACGCCGACACCGGAGGCGUCGACAUCGUUGUGGCAGAUGAAGACGCCGCUGCAGCGAUCGCCCGAAAGGUUGUCGGCCACUUCACGCAACCUCGACUGGCCGAACGUCAGUGGGUCUACUCACAGGACGUCAAACUUCUCCGAACGUGUCUACCCUCGGUGGAAGAGCGACGAAGAGCAUUCGACAUGCGACGGGUCAUCUCGCUUCUCGUGGACGACUCGUCCUUUGUCGAGCUGGCACCCGACUGGGGCAAGGGCAUGAUCACCGGCUUCGCGCGCAUCAAAGGUCAAUCCGUUGCCAUCCUCGCCAACGAUCCAACCUCGCCGCUCGGUGGAGCCAUCGACAUCAACGCAGCCCUCAAAGCCGUCCGUCUGCUCAAGCUGCUGGCCCGCACUCGGGCGACGCACCUGAUCAGCCUCUGCGACACGCCUGGCUUCAUGGUCGGUCCCGAGUUCGAACGCACCUCUACUGCAGGUGGAUCAUUCCGUACGUUUGGCGACUGGUUCACCGCCGCUGCCGAGUUCACGCAGUCCGGCGGCCGCGUCGUCGGCCUCGUCCUCCGCCGAGCCUUCGGUUUGGGCGCUCAAGCCAUGCUCGGCGGCAGCACGCUCAGCAACUCGAUCUGCGCCUCGUGGCCGGCCGGAAGUCUCGGACCCAUGUCGCUCGAGGGCGCUGUACAGCUGAGCAUGAAGAAGCAGCUGGCGCAGAUCGAGGAUGAGGCGCAGCGCAAGAAGGUCGCAGACAAAGCGGUAGAAGGGCUGUACAGGAAUGGACGCGCGAUCAACGUGGCCAGUAUGGCAGAGAUCGAUACCGUUCUCGACCCCGCAGAGACGAGAGACUGGCUGGCGAAGGUCGUCAUAGAUGUGCUCGGAGAUAGGACGGCGACGUACAAGCUGAGGAAGGUUAUGGUCAGCAAUCCUCACCUGUAG